AUGAAAGGAAGCCACGCUGUUGUUCUUGCAUUUGGACCAAAACUCUGUUUGGACGCAUAUAAAAACUCUCCGCCAGAGUUUCGUCUUUCUUUCUCCUCCAUCCUCAUAGCCAUUGUUACCAGAGUCAGCACGAGCACGAGCACGAGCACUAGCACCAGCAGCAACGACGACGACGAAGAAGAGGACUAUGAUAUCGAUGAUGACACUGCUUUAAGCAGUGGCCGUAAAGGCCAGGCACGCCAACCAGCACCAGCACCAGCAGCAACAACAACGACGACGACGAAGAAGAAGAAGAAGAAGACGAAGAAGAAGAAGAAGAAGAAGACGAUGAUGAUGGCGAUGACGACGACGACGACGAUGAUACUGCUCCAAGCAGUGGCCGUAAAGGCCAGAUACGCCGUGGGCUCAGACGAAUGGGUCCAUUAUCAUUUUGAAAUGGCUGGCAUCCUUGCCAGAUUUGCGUUCCUGGUGGCCCUCUUGGUGGGCGGCGUGUGGUGGCUUUGGACCACCAAAAAGGGCGGCCGUGAGAGCGGCCAAGAUGCCGUCUUCAGCUGCCCCCAGUGCGGCUGUCGUCUCGCCGUCUCCCCGGCCCAGCAGCAGCAGCAGUAG